AUGGUUAAAAAACUGCAACAUAAUACAUCUAAAUCAACAUCAUUAUUUGAAAUUAGAUUGAAAAAUCUUGAUCAUGAUGUAUUAGUAUUAAAGGGGAAUCCUCAAGAUGCUGCAUCAGCUUUAUUAUCUGGAACAAUAGUUAUAUCAGUAAUUGAACCAAUUUCUAUUAAAAAAAUUUCUCUUCGAUUAUUUUCUACAUUGAAAUUAGAUGCUGAAGUUAAUACCAAUAGUGGUGGUGGUAAUUCUUCUAGGACAAUUAAUUUUUCGAAAAAAACAUAUGAAUAUAUUUGGAAUAGUCAAGAAUUUUCCAAUUAUUUAAAUAAUAAUAACCCAAGUAAUAGUCGAUUGAGUUCAGGGACAAAUUCACCAAAUAAUCGUUCAUCUACUUCAUUGACAUCAUCAUCAUAUAAUAAUAAUGGCAGUGGUGGUGGUGGUGGUAAUAACCAUCAUGGAACAUUUUCUAAAUUAACAAGAAAUCAUUCAUCUACUUCAUUAUUAGGAUUAAGAUCAAAAUCAUCAUUAAGUCUUUCUGGAUUAACUGGUGGUUCAUCAACAAAUUUAGCAUCAGCAUUUACAUCAAAUAAUAAUAAUAAAUUAAAUCAUUCUUUAUCAUCUACUCAACUACAUAAUACUACAACUAAUACUAGUAGUAGUGGUGGAAGUCAUUUAUUGGUACAAGGAAAUUAUGAAAUUCCAUUCAGUGUGAUCUUACCAGGAAAUUUACCUGAAUCAAUUGAAGGAUUACCAGGAUGUUCUAAUGUAUAUCGAUUAGAAGCAAUUAUUGAUCGAGGGAAAUUUCAUAGUUCAAUGAUUGCCAAAAAACGUCUUCGAAUCAUUCGUACAUUAACUUCUGAUGCAGUUGAAUUAUCAGAAACUAUAGCAGUUGAUAAUACUUGGCCUAAUAAAGUUGAAUAUUCAUUAAGUUGUCCCACAAAAGCUAUUGCUAUUGGUUCAUCAACUCCAAUUACCAUGACUUUAGUUCCAUUAUUAAAAGGAUUAAAAUUAGGUGAUAUUAAAAUUGAAUUGAUUGAAAUGUAUUCAUUUGUUGGUAGUUAUCCACCAAUGAAAACUGAUGAAAGAAUAAUUGCCAAAAAGAAAAUCCCCAAAAAACGGAACCACAACAAUAACAAUGAUGAUGAUGAUGAUGCUGAGGAGGAGGAGGAGGAUGAAGUAGAUAUGUUAGAUCAAUGGCAAAUUGAUACGAUUAUUAAUAUACCUUCAAGUUUAUCAAAAUGUACUCAAGAUGUUGAUUUAUCUACUAAUGUUAGAGUUCGUCAUAAAUUGAAAUUUAAUAUUGGAUUAAUUAAUCCUGAUGGUCAUACUUCAGAAUUAAGAGCAACUUUACCAAUUCAAUUAUUUAUUUCUCCAUUUGUUACUGUACGCGGUAAUAAUAAUAGUGGUGGCGGUGCUGAUGAUGAUGAUGAUAGAACUGGUGAUGAUAUUUUAUUUACUAGUGAUUCUUAUGAUGCAUUAUCAACUUUAAAUAAUAAUCAAAAUAUUGAUAAUUCUGGUGGUGGUGGUGGUGAUAACACUAUUGGAUCAAAUAAUAGUUCAAUGACAAACUUAACUGGAUUACUUGCUCCACCAAUGUAUGAAAGACAUAUAUAUGAUCGAUUAUGGUCAGAUGUAUCUCCAAUUGCUACUCCAUUAACAUCAGGUCCAGCAACACCAAGAAGUGGAAUCAUUUUAGGUGGUAAUGGUAAUAGUAGUGAACGAUUUGGUAAUGAAUAUGGUAUGUCAUCUUUGGAUUCUCAAGCUUUGACGGAAAAUCUUCGACAAUUGAGUUUACAAAGACAAAAACAAGAACAAGUUCAACAAUCUGAUACUACUACUAAUGAUGGACAUGGAAGAGCUACAUUUAAUUUAAUGGAUAACGAUGAUAAUAAUAGUAUUCAUAAUGGAACCACUACUGGUGGUGAUUAUUUUACUAAUACCACUUCAAGAAGACCAAAUUUACCACGUUCUAAUCAAAGUUUCCUUCAAGAUCAUGUGGCAAUGUCACCACCAACACAUAUAUCCCGAGUUAAUUCCGAUAUCAAUUUAAAUAAUACCAUUCCUAUUUCUUCUCAUAUGAGUCCAUUAGAAUUAUCUCAAGUUCCAUCAUAUGCUGAAGCAAUGAAUAGUGAUCCAUCAAUAAUUACUAAUGAAGAAUUAUUUUCUCCAGCUUAUGAACCUCCAUUACCUGGAUCUCAUAUUAAUUUACAAGAAUUAAAUAAAAAUUUAACCAAUCUUCAACAAAAUAGUACUACUACUAAUAAGAUUGGUCGUCAUAAUUCUUUUAAAAAUUCUAGUUCAUUUAAAUCACAACGAUCAUCAUCUUCUACAUCAAGAAAUUCUUCCCAAAAUUCAUCACCAAUUAAUUCAAGAAAUGUAUCAAGUAAUAAUUUAUCAUCAUUAUUAGGACAUCAUCAUCAUAAUCAUAAUCAUCAUCAUCACCACCAACAUGCUGGUGCUAUAACUUCACCAUCAUCAACGACUAAUUUACAAAGAUUAACACCUGCCAAUAUUGCUCGUUCAAGUAGUACUAAUCAAACAUUAAAUAUACCAUCCACAACAAGAACUUCCAGUGAUGAUGGGACCAAAUUUAGUUUAUCAACUUCACCAAAUAAUUCAAUAAUUGCUCAUCAAAGUGUUGGGAAAUUAUCUAAUAGUGCUGCUGAUAGAACUAAUGGAGGAGCAACACCAAUUAGAACAAGUUCUAGUUUGAGUUUACAUAAUUUACAUUUUUUAAGUAAGAAAAAAAAGUAG